AUGACGUCCCUACUAGAACCCCCGUCAUUCUUACAGCAGAGUAAAUCCAGCAAACGCAAACGACUAGAAAUCACAGAUGCUGAAUUCCCAAGCUCGUUGCCCUCUGGCUCCAUCAAUCCACUCAGUCACUCUCCCGGUAUAAUAGCCCAAUUUGCCAUCGCCGGUCUCUCGCAGACAGACGAGGGCCCUUCACAACGCAUCCGAGAUUUCCCCCACCGCGGUCUUGCUGAGCAAGGUGUCUUUGCUGUCGAACCUGAGAGCGAAGAGGAUCCGGAGACAGAAGGUGACGAGGCAGCCCGCCCAAAGUCUAAAAAGACCACGAGUCGCAAGCGAGGCGGCCAUUUUGACGUUCUACUACAGUCUACCCACCAUUUUCUUGACCGUGGAGAGAUAGAUAAGGCAUCUCGCACAUAUGAUCUCCUUUUACAACUGCGUCCUUCUGGCCUGCCCGUUGAUAUCCGUCACCACCAUCUCUGGGCCAUAGGCGCUGAGAUUCUCAUGCGCGAGGGUGAAAACGCCCGUCGAGAAGACGAGCAGCAAGAUGACUUCAAACCAAUAUCUCGAAAGAGAUGGGGCAGCGCAGCCAAUAUGAACAAAGUCAAGGCCUACUUCGACACACUUAUCCAGCAACACCCUUAUGACUACAGGACACCCAGGGUCGUUUCGGCCUUGGAUUUCUGGAUUGCCCUAUUGAGUUGUGAGAUUUACAACACUCAUACAGAGCAUGUAUUGGCCAUUGAUCGAGUGGCCCGCGACGCUGAAGAUGGUCAUCGUCGCGGAUCGCUUGACCAUGACGACAGCUUUGGUAGUGAUGACACAGACAGCACUGAAGCGAGGCUGGUGCGAAGAAGGGACGGGCUCCGGGUUCAGGCACUAUCCGCUAUGCAAGAUAUCACGAAAAGGAUGGACGUUCUACUGCAGGAUUUACCUUACUCGAGAGGCCAACAUUAUCUUCGAUUACGUGCAAUGGCCUCGCUAUACGUUGCAGAUCUAGUCCUACCCAUCGGCUCAGUCUCGACGUUUCAGAUUCGAGAAGGCGAGAAAGCAAGACUAAUGGAACAAGAGUCGGCUAGAAAUUAUUUGGAGAGAAUCAUCACAUAUGGAGGCGAGCUGGACAGUGCAGCAUUGGAUGUUUUGAAACCAUCGGAUGGUUCUGAGGAGGACACUUCAAUACCAUUAUACUCAAGCCUUCCAAUCAGAGGGCUUUAG